AUGCCUACCAAGAAGAAGAAGAACGUUUCUCAACGCUCUACUCAAACACGGCUUCCCUAUGCCAUAUCCAAGAGAAAGAAGGACGAAUCGUUCGAAGUCUCUCGAUCCAAGCGAGCCAGGGCCUAUUUAGUAGUCUCCGAUAGUGACAAUUCCUCCUCAGUAGAAAAUGACGAUGACGACGACAACAAGUCUUCCCAGAUCAGCACACUCGAUAGUAGUGUCACUGCUUGGAGUGACGAGGAUGAUGACGACUCUGAUACUGGAUCGGUUAUUGUCGUUGACUCAGGACCUAUUGCAAUGGCCGCUGCAACAGUUGCUGCUCCGAAUACUAAUCUUGACAAGUUGUUUAAGGAGGUUAUCCCAAUAGAGGUACACCAAAAUAUCGUCAAGUUCUUGCCCCACGAUCGAGACAUCAUACGAUACUCUCAAAUCUGUCGAAAAACUCGCAGUGCUAUGUCGGAUAGUGUCUGGCGUUAUCGAUUUCUGGAGAAAUUUGAUGCAGUACCCGAUGCGCCUGUAGAACUUUUGAGGGAGAAGUAUCAGGUCAGACACAAGACCACCAAGCUCUACACCAAAUUCGAAUUCAACAAGUACCGGUACCUUCCUAGUGCAGAUAUCGCACGAAUCGAAAGGGCGCAAGAAAAGGUCCUUGAUAUGCUCCAGAACCUCAUAAUUGAAUCCGAUGCCCACAAAAGUUAUGACGACAACGGCGAUGAGAUGAUUGUAAGUCGCAACAUUGACUACAUUAGGCAAUAUGUUGAAGGAUCCUUCGUAUCGGGCACAACUCAUGCUGGAGAUAUAAUUGAUAUCAUUGAUUCCAUUGCGAAAACUCGUAAUGAGUGGGACCUGAAAGCUAUCUGUUCAGUUGAUAGUAGUGCCAAUACCCGGGUGUUGUUGAUUCAACUAUGCUUGACAUCCAUUUCUUGGGACCCAAGAUAUUGCACAAAUACAAUCUCUCAGUUCGACUUGUCCCAGUUGGAGGUUUACGCACCACCAGCGAGACAACCAUUGUUUCUCGGGAAAUGGAAGGGUGACCUCAACGUCCGUUGGUGUUUACAUGUGGCGAAUUUCUUCAAGUUUCACCUCAAAGCUGGAAAGGGUGAAGGACUUCUCGCUCAUGCCUAUGCCGAACUUGAACAAAGUCAAUUGCCACAACCAUGGUUGGGUCGAUUGAAGUCGGGAACACAAAAGCUAGGAAGCCAUUGGAAAGGAGCCUAUUACGAGCUGGAGAAGAAACCUGACGACGGUCCUUACUCGGAUGAACUAGAUGGUGGGGAGUCAUUUCAGGAUAUAUCUCUAUUUUUCGACGACCAGAUUUUCGGAAAGCAACAUUGGCCCAAGUCGUGGGAAACAAUUCUUCAUAGUGAUCCAUUCUCCAACGCUGCUCCUGAGCCCACCUCUCAACGUCGUACUUCGAGACGCACUACUCGGUCGAAAAAGGACUUCAAGAAACCAAAAGAGAACCCGAACCCAGGCGUGGAGUACUUUUACGGUUCUUCAAAUGACUCUUCCUCGACUGCCCAUUUCUAUGGAGCUGUACAUGGGAUUCCUCCACAGCAUGGGAUUCCUGGCUUUCAAAGAAUUACCAUCAUGAAGUUUUUCUCGGAUCGGAAUGGGUUCCAUGAUCCAGGACAGUCUUGGGGCUAUGAAGGUUGUGUUUUACCUGGUGGUCGCAUCAUUGUUGGUCGAUGGUUCGAUGCGCAAUCUCAUUCUUCUAGGGAUGUGAUGUCAGGACCGUUCAUUUUCUGGAAUACGGAUGAGAGUGAUGCAACAGAGCCCAUUGAUGGCAAGGAAGCUUUGAAGUUUCUCAAACUCUUGAAGCUCUACAACCAUUGUUAGCUUGUGCCUUUGCGGGCUAACCACAUUUUAUUUAAUGAUUUGCCACGACUUUUCAGUGCCGGUCACAUCUAACACAAUAAGAUGGGGAUUAAGUUCCUCGACAUAAGGCUAUCAAUUAACGAUUCUUGUGAUGAAUCGAUCCAAGAUCAUGAGCAUAUUUUCAAAGCAUCAGCGCAGCAGCAGCAAGCAUACCGUUCCAACAUAUCCGACACAUUGGCCGGCGACAAAUAGUGAAACAUAGAAUCUUAACGCAACUCAAUAACUUCUUUUCGUUUUAAGAAACAGUAUUAUUUUGGACCAACAAUAUGGAUAUUUUUCAUAGUUAACAACGAACCUCGGGCAUCGUUUACUAGCAAUUCUUUUCAUUUCGAUUUGCACAUAUUUAACCAACUUUCGACAUUCUUUUCAGACAGAUAUUCUUCAACAAACUUUCGGUAUUCUCUUUUCAAAAAUAAGUUUGGCGCAAUUUUCUUUCCUUGAUUCAAUUUUCAUAUUAAUUUUUUUCUUUGGAAGGGACGGGGCAGUAGGGAGGGAAGUGGGUGGAUUGAUUUGCAAA